AUGUACGGCGACAAGACGCUACUCAAAAGGUUCCCCCGGGGCGUCGCCUUGGCGCUUGAUUUCGCCGCCGGGAACACUUCCUGUCCGGCGGAAGGACAGCCGCCGCCUCCGCACUACGCCUGCGUCAGCGGCAACAGCUCUUGUGCCAACGCAACAGCAUAUACUCCAGGCUAUGUCUGCAAGUGCUGGGACAAUUACACUGGCAACCCUUACAUCGCUCACGGAUGCCAAGACAUUGAUGAGUGCAAGCUCCUCCAGAAUCCAUGCUCAAAUGGCGGGAUCUGCAAAAACAGGCCCGGAGGCUAUGACUGUCCGUGCAAAUUCGGAAUGAAAGACGACGGCAAAGGGGGAACCUGCACAGAUGUAUUCACUAGAGCAACAGCAAAGGCGACUGUGGGUGCAAUAGGUGGCAUUCUUCUCAUGGUGAUUCUGUGGUUUACUGUUAUUCUUCGCAAAGAGAAAAAGAAGACAAAAGAAUUCUACAAAAAGAACGGCGGCCCAGUAUUAGAGAAAGCAAAAGGAAUUAAAAUUUUCUAA